GGGCCCGAACCAGCGAGCGCGCGCGCCUACCUGGAUCGAGAGAUAGUGUGCCGUCGUCAAGUGGAUGAAUCCCACCGUCAGUCUGAUUCAAAGCUUCAGCCGGUGUGUGCGCGUGUGCUCGGUGGUCUCUACCAGUAGCGAGCGGUUCUCGGUACGCGGUGUGUUGGUGGUGCCAAGUGUGAAGCGGUAACGGAUUUUGCUGCUACAGUAAUCAACAGGACUAUCCCGGAUUUGUGGACUUUUUGUGAAAAAAAUAAAAUAAAUAAAUAAAUAUACAAGCAGUGUAGAGAAGGUGAAAGUGAAAUUUAGAAAGACGCUUAGGCUUAGAACGGUUUUUCCAGCGUGAAAUAAAAGAAAAGUUUGGUGGAUUUAAGAGACAACAACAAAUAAAAUAGUAUCUCUAUAGUGUUAAUGUUAAAGCGCCAUUUUAACUACCAUUUCCCGAACGGUCACACGCACAACGCCCACUCACCAAAGAUCAUCCACAAGUAGCCCAAUUCCACAACCACAACCGCCCCAGAGCAAACACCAAAGCCUACACGAUGACGACCACACGCGUGAUACUGAACUUCCCGUGGACCAGCAACGAGAAGCUGAAGGGUGACUUCUUCCAGGACACCGGCGUGACGGACGCGGUCAUGAAGAUCGCCCGCAAGGAGCUGCGCGAGGACAAGGCGAUCCGCGAGCAGUCGCUCGAGCAGCUGCGCGACUGGCUGCAGAAGAACGGCGACGUCGAGGGCGUGCGCACGGACGAUCUGUUUCUGUUGCGCUUUCUGCGCACGAAAAAGUUUAGCGUACCGAUGGCGCAGCAGAUGAUACUGAAGUAUCUGAACUUCCGCAAGGUGUUCACGCAUCUGAUCCACACGCUCGACUUUAUGUCGCCGAGCGUGCUGAAGCUGCUGAACGGUGGCUACAUCUUCCCGUCGCCCAUCCGGGACAAGCACGGUCGUCGGGUGAUUGUUGGAUUCGCAAAUCACUUCAAUCCGGCCGAACACAACAGCUCCGACAUGGCGCGGUUGCACUUCAUCACGUACGAAACGCUGAUGGAGGACCCGGAGAACCAGAUCUGCGGGCUGGUGCACAUUGGCGACUUCAAGGGCAUCUCGACCGCGCACGUGGCCUGCUGGAACCCGACCGACUUCCUGCGCAUCAUGAAGUGGGGCGAACAGUCGAUCCCGAUGCGCAACAAGGAGGUCCAUCUGGUGAACGUCCCGUCCACGGUGAAGUACAUCAUCGAGGGCGCCAAAUCGAUGGUUAGCAAAAAGAUGAAGGAACGGCUACAGGUGCACGUCACCGUGCCGGACCUCUGUCGGAAGGUCGAUCCGGCCUGUCUGCCGAAGGAGCUCGGCGGCACGAUGCCGAUGGCGGAGAUGAUCGAGCUGUGGAAGAUGGAGCUGGCGGCCAAGCGGAACCUGGUGCUGUCCUCGGCCAACAUGCGCAUCCUCAGCGAUCGGGGCAUCGUCUCGCGGAACGGUACCGAUCGGAACAACAACAGCAACAGCUCGCUCGGGAUGGAAACGAUCACCGGCAGCUUCCGCAAGCUCGAGGUGGAUUAGUGACCAAAAAGAGAUAGAGAUAGAGCGAGAGAGAGAGGGAAAGAGAAACAACCACAGGCGGCGAACCUGCGAGAUAGAGAUUUUGUUUUUAGUACAGCACUAGUACUAAGAGCGUAGUGUAUAGAGGAUGCAUGUAUGUAUGUGUGAGUGGUGUGUUUGUGUGAUAACAUCUAACCCCUAUCGUGGAGUGGAGCAGGGAGGAGUGCCGCCGUCAGAUCGGCGGAAUCCACGCUCUCGGCAGGUUUAAGAUGAUUGUGUAAUUAAGCUGACUGGGUUUAGACUUUAAACGCGUACUUCAUAUAUUGGUAGCUGUUAAACUUCUUUGUUUUUGUGUAUUUUCCUCUUUUUUCUUUUUAUCGUUUCGUUGGAUUUUUAUACUAUUUUCACAGUGUUUUUCUUAUCGCCCCCAUGUUUUGUUAAUUUCCCUACUUUUUUUCCUUAAGUGAGUGAAGUUUUUCGAGUGUGUAUUCGAGUGCGCUUUCUGGCCACGAAACGUAUAAGGCACGCCACAGAAUGGCGUCUAGCGUUAGGCACAAUGUAAUACUUUUAGAGCUACCCGAACGGGCCCAUACCCGCGGACUUAGGUUGAUUUUAGUGGGACCACACACUCACAAAACCAAGGAAGAAGCUCAGAAUAUAUAUGUAUAUGGCAAGAACGACACGGAGAUGUACUUGUGAGCCUAUCGGGUACAAGGAAAACCUCUACACAGCUUUUUGGCCUAAUAAAAUAUGUCCCACAGAAA